AUUUUUUCGAAAAAAAAGGCUUAACAUUGUGUCCGAGACCAAAGACAGCGAAAUGGGAAAGCUCUCCUCCUCUGUAGUUCCUGCUUCUCAGGGACCGCAAACCUUCUCUUCUUCUUCUGCUGCUGCUUCCACGACAAAAUCCCAAGACGGAUCUUCGCCGUACGCGUCUAAGGUUCUGCGUUUCUUUGAAAUCGUGGGGAUUUCCGAUCCCAACGUUGAUAAUUACAGGUCAAAAGACUUCUACUCCAAUCUACUGCGUGACCACCUCAAGACCGACACUGUCCAACGUGGCCACGUCACCUGCUUCGCCACCGUCAAACCCGCUGUCGCCAAUUAUUUUGGUGGGUUACAUGGAGGGGUAGUUCCAGCGAUAGCAGAAAGAGUGGCAAUUGCGACAGUUAGAACAGUGGUGGGUGUGGAAAAGGACAUUUUUCUCGGUGAAUUGGGCAUUUCUUAUCUCUCUGCUGCUCCCACAAAUGUAGAGUUGAUUGUUGAUGGAUCUAUAGUGAGAAGUGGAAGAAAUAUAACUGUAGUUGCAGUUGAAUUCAAAAUGAAGGAAACAGGGAAACUGGUCUAUAUUGGCCGUGCAACCUUGUAUAAUUCACCCAUUGCCAAGUUAUGAAGUGUACAUAAUAGUCCGAAUUUUACUUGUGGCUCGGUUUGAUAACCAUGCCUCGUGCCUUUUAAUAUGUAUCCCAAAAAGAUUCCGGUUCUUUUUGGGUAUUGCCAAAUGAAUAUUCUUAUGCCAUUACUACCAAAUAAUCAAGAUAAAUGUGUUACCUUUUUAA